AUGGCUGGGGCAGCUACCACGCAGCACGUUCCGGCAUGGAAAAAGCUAGGCUUCAAAUUAAAGUAUGCCAAAGAGGAGACAGAAGAGCGUGCAAAUGCAGAUAUACAUACAAAUGGUGCGCUUAGGAAUGGUGAAGUGUCGGAAUAUCGGGUGAAAAAGAGAAAAGCAACACCCGAACAAAAGGAAGAGACCACCACGAAGAAACAGAAGCGUGAAAGAAAGAAAAGUCAAGAAAACCCGAAACUCUCUGACGAAAAAUCCGCGGAGGAAAUUCAGCUCACUAGUUCGGAUAAAAAACCAGCAUCAAAACGUUCCCCUAAAAAGACCGUCUCGUUCGCGGAGGGCACCAAAGAAAAGGAUCCCACGCCAGCUCCAGAAACCGUACCCGUACCCGAACAGCCGUCUCUCACAGCCGAGCAAAGGAAAGCAGAAAAGCGUCGAAAGCGGGAACAAAGGCACCUAAGCCGCCCUCCGGGGCAAUCCUUACCUCCGGCAACCCCGGCAUCCUCAGAUCAACUAUUAGAUUACCUUUCCACCUACUAUAAAUCCCGUUCCAAUUGGAGAUUCCAGAAAAACAGAGAAACCGCGAUCUUGAAGCACUCCCUAUCAGUGGACCGCCUACCAAGCAGUUACAACCGUUGUCUUAGCGCAUACUUGUCUGGGUUGCAAAGUACGGCGGCCAGAGGUCGGGUUACACAGGCGGCCAAGGAAGCUAUUGAGGCCGAUGAAAAAGACACCAAUGGUCAAAGUAUAGAGUAUAAACAAGCCCUUUCAUCAUUUAAGGAACAGUUACCUGGCUGGAGUACUGCUGUUUCUGGAGAUGAUGUCGGCCCUCCAAAUUCCUCUCUUGACGAUAGCUCACAAACUAAGAGGUUUGAGAAAAGGAGAAGGGCUGAAUUAGUCUACUUUGCAGUCUCUGGCAACAUUGCCAAAGACGUGGAGCCUGUAUCAUCAAACCAAUUGGCAGGGAAACGAAAACGCAAGACUCGGACUGUUGUGGUAGAGGAUGAUACAAGUAGUAGCAGUGAAAGCGAUAGUGACAGUGACGCCAGUGAUUCUGACGGUCUAAGAUCUGCUAGACUAAAAGCAGCAAAAGGCACAGCCAAAUCUAAGCUGACUUCUGAAACUUCUGGAUCUUCGUCGUCGGAGUCUGAUUCCGAUUCCGAUUCCGCAUCCGCAUCCGGAUCUGAUUCGGAUUCGGAGUCGUCAUCUGAUUCUUCCGGUUAG